AAAAGUUAGAUUGGCAUGUUCAGCAAAAACACUAAAUCGAUUAUUUCUCUGUAACCACUAAUUUUAUUUUACUGAACAUCAUUGGAGAUAGUCUUUUAGCUUUUAAGAUCCUUUAUCAUUAAUCUUCGUUUGAUCCGUACUGAAAGCACCAUUUGGUUAAGCACAUUUAAAACAUUUUAUCGCUAUUAAGCUUACAUAAUGAUUGUCGCCAACUUACAAAUACUAAGGAAAAGUUUUUGUACGAGGAUGUGCAAGAUAAACUUCUGUAAAAACGGUAUGAAUAUCCCUAGAGUGUACCCCAACCUGUUAAAUUUGCACCUGUGUGAGAAUGUUUUGUCGUUGUGCGCAGGUCCCGCCUCCCGCCGGCCAGUAGCUUUGCCGCCCGCCGCGAGCCGCCCGUACCGCCCUGCCCUGCGCAAUACACGAACGAGAACCAAAACCGUUAUUUAUCACUACUAUUACGACUUUCCGACUUGUGGGGCGCGAAAUUUGGAUGCAAGUGAAUAAAUGACGAACAAGUUAUUCUAAAAACAAAUAGUUUAUACGACUUCUGUGUACUUUAAAUGUGCAGUGCAAUUAAAUAUUUAACUUAAAAAUAACUUGAUCCUAAACUAACAUUGAAACCCAAACGGAAAAGCUGUAGCCGCUUAACCCUUACGCUACGCUAGCUUUCGUCUUUGUGGUUUGUGGGUACUUCGAGAUUUCAAAAGUCGAGAUGUGGUGGAUCCUGCGUCGUGCAAGGCUGACGGGCGCCGCUCUCUUCAGCCAGUCUUCCAGUACCACCAACAACAAUAACAGCAAUAAAACAGAAUCCCGACCACUGAGGAAGAAUUAUAAUCAACUGUCGUCCAACGAAAAGUUAGACAAUCGACAAAUUGAGAAUAUUCACAUUGAAGAAGCUGCAGUAGACUCGGAUGCGAGCAGCACAGACUUGGAAGAGCGCGAUAUGCGUGGAGUGUGCCCACCUUGCGCACAUGACCGAUACAACAACAAUAUCCGCCGACACGACCACGAUGAUUUCAGCGAUGAUACAGAUUACGACGAAGCGCUGACGUGCAACGUGUGCGACCGUUCCUUCCCCACGCGCCGCCAGCUCAGCGACCACCAGCAGAAGAAGAGGCAUUUUGGAUGCGUGGCAUGCGACAGCCUGUUCCCAUCGCUAAUGGCGCUCGAGCACCACAAGGAGGAGUUCCAGCACUGGAGCGACUCGUCCUGCUGCUCGCGCUCCGACUCCGAGGACUCCGACGAGUGUCACGAGGACCGCCAUCGGCUACUCUAAUGCCACCACCUCAUUAUUGCCGGGGACAACGCGUCCAAGCUCGGGACCUUUGUGUGAUUGCGAGGGCUUUACUCUUUGGCACUUCAAAGUGCUUAUAAAAUAGAUUCUGUGGGUUUUUAUCUUAGAACAACUGGACAGGCCUUGUCUGUAAUUUUCUGUACAAUUCACUACCAAUUUUUGCGGGGGAGGGGCACGUCAAAUGUAUAUGUAGAAACGUCAGUCCCUACAAUAAGUAUGACCAUAGGGCGAGGUUUUCGACAGAUGAGUAAGUGAAAUUCAGAAUGGCGGGUGUACCUAAAUAAAAAUAAUUGAAAAGCAUACCAUAUUUUUGUACCUAAUUUGUACUAUUUAGUACCUCCAUUAAAAAAAAUUGUACCUCACGGUACGUAAAGUUAUCAUCAAAAAACAGUACACCCGCCAUCCUGACAGUCAGAAUGGCGGGUGUACUUUAUUACGCUAUGUUCCCAUGGUUAUUGAUAAAUUCUAUAAAAACCAAAAAAUAAAAAUAAUUGUACCUUAGCGUUUUUUCUUAAAAAUUAAAUCGAAACUUGAAAAAUUAUAACGCCUGCAAAAUUGUAAUAGCAAGCAAAAUAUAAAAUGAGUAAAACUUGGAAAGCACAAAUAAAAUGACUCGUAUUAUAAUUGAAUAUGAAGGCAUAAAAAAGGUACAAAAAUUUGGCUUUUAUAGAAUUUAUCAAUAACCAUGGGAACAUAGCGUAAUAAAGUACACCCGCCAUUCUAACUGUCAGGAUGGCGGGUGCACUGUUUUUUGGUGAUAACUUUAAGUACCGUGAGGUACAAUUUUUUUUAAAGGAGGUACUAAUUAGUACAAAUUAGGUAUAAAAAUAUGGUAUGGUUUUCAUUUAAUUUUAUUUAGGUACACCCGCCAUUCUGACUCUCACAUGAGUAAGCUCUUAAAGGCGACUUCGGUUAAACGCUCUAAGGUUUUAUCAGACUUUUAUGUACCAAACAAAGAGUACACCCUGAAAUAGAACCAGAAAUAAUGCAAACUCGAGAUGUAUAUUUUGAGAUGUGUAUGUAGAUUCUCUGUCGAUGUGUAGGCCUACAGAUGGUUCGCUGCAUAUUUUUUCUCAAUAUUGCUUUAAAAUCUGGAAUCCUCUAGACAAUUACCCUUUACCUCUUUCUAAUACAACUACAGACAACAGGAAAUGGAACAAUGGGUAUAAAAUAUUUUGCAUAAGUCUUAAUAAAACUUGUGCAAAUAUAUUUUUUCUGUUCUCCGUGAAACCCUUCGAUCCCCAUGAUUUUUAUGGUAUAAACUUGAUUAUAAUAUUGUUACAUGUCAAGUCUUAAUCCAAACAAGGCCUCUGCAGUAAGCAAUUGGCAGUUUUUAACCAAAUUGGAUCGUGUCAUUCACGACGAGGCGUGCCUCGACUCGUAUUGUCAUGUUAUUAAAGGUUAGAUUUGACAAUCUGUGCGUCAUCGUGGAUGACACGAACUUUAUUUACUUU